CGUGGCUUGGAGGAGUUCGACUACUUGCUGACUUGGACGUCUUCACUUUCAACGGAGCUCGUGACGCCAAACUUAGACGGCGAGCUGAUUUGUGGGCGGCCAUAGAAGGAGACGAAAACUCAAUUUUCGAAAGUUCUUGGAGAGGCGGCGCUUUGCAAACGUUGGAAGGGCAUUCAUUGGAAGUUUGCACGAAAAUCUGCUUUCUUUUCAACCUUUUCAGUGGCCUCCUUCAAAAGAUUCUUUACGGUCCUUGGCGCAAGGGAGGUUACAUGCAGUGACAAUUUGGAAAGCUAGAAGUUGGAAAGAGACACAGAAAGUCGAUUCAUACGUGUGAAUACUGUUGUUUGGAGGGCAGUGGACAGCACCAGGCAGGACCUUCUGGGCACAAUGAUGGGGCUAUGGGAUACCUUUUUGAAUUGGAUACGAAGCUUGUUCUUCAAACAGGAGAUGGAGCUUUCAUUGAUCGGGCUUCAAAAUGCCGGAAAAACUUCCUUAGUGAAUGUUAUUGCGACGGGCGGGUACGACGAGGACAUGAUUCCCACGGUUGGGUUCAAUAUGCGGAAAGUUACAAAGGGAAAUGUCACAAUCAAACUGUGGGAUCUGGGAGGCCAGCCCCGGUUUAGAAGCAUGUGGGAGAGGUACUGCAGAGGGGUGUCGGCCAUUGUGUAUGUUGUCGACGCUGCCGACCACGACAACAUAAAGACCUCGAAGGACGAGCUGUACGAGCUGCUGAGCAAGCCGUCACUCGCGGGUAUUCCACUGCUGGUGCUGGGGAACAAGAACGACAAGCCAGAGGCCCUCAGUACCGGGGCACUCAUCGAUGCCUUGGACCUCCGCUUGAUAACGGACAGGGAGAUUGCAUGCUACACCAUCUCGUGCAAGAACGCAACCAACAUCGAUAUCACGUUAGACUGGCUGGUCAAGCACUCUAAGAGCAAGAGCUAGCGCAUGUAUAUACAACAGUUCAGCUUGGUAUUGUGGACAUUCCGCUAAUCGAUGAGCAUAGUGGUUACUGCUAGUCAAUUGCAAAUACAAUCGAAGUGGUUGGUUACAGUAGUCGGAAUCUGGAGGAUUCAUUCUUUGGUUUUUCCAACCGCAAUCUUUGUUGCGCUACCAACAAGGUUUGGUGGGAAGGUACGAAGUCUAAUGUUCAGUCUGCAGCUCUUGUGCUUAGCAGUUUCUGUGCAAACCAUUGCUCAUGCAGAGUGUGCAUAGAGUACGUGCACCCUUGCCUGAUUGUUACUUGAAAAUAUCAGGAUCCCAUUCGUUCCACAG